AUGACAACAACGGCUAUCGUUUGGAUAACUGUGGUGCAUGGUUAUGGCAGGAAGAAAGCUGAUAUGGGAAAGGAUAUACAUAUAGCUUUUAAGUAUUAUUGCUCGUUCAAAAUUCUCAUAGUCGGGCAGUGGUUCUUUGUUGCGCAGAUUCCCUAUAAGGUUGCUCUUGGAUUUACGAAAGCUUCUAUCGUCCUCCUUUACCUCCGGAUAUUUAUUACAAAGUCUUUCCAACGCGUGGGAAAGGCUUUUCUGAUUAUCAUCGUCGCAUGGACAGUCGCAUCAGUCCUCGUCACAAUUUUUCAGUGUAUCCCCAUCGAAGCUUCUUGGGACCAUGAUAUCAAGACCAAACAGUGUGUGGAUAGAGAUAGCUGGUGGUAUGCAUUUGCAGGAAUUAACACGGUUACCGAUAUUUCCAUCGCCAUUCUCCCCAUUCCCCCAGUUCGCCACCUGAAGCUUUCGAAGCGCGACAGAAUUGGACUGGGCUUUGUUUUCGGAGUCGGGACAUUGUAUGUUUUCGUCUCAUCCCCUCUUGCCUUCACGUUGACCAAGAUUCUAAUGUGUGAUAAUCAUGAAUACAUGUAG